UAGUGAAAAUUCGAACUAAAUUCUGAUGUUUUGGGUCUACCCUCCUUAUCCGAAUGGGUCCUUAGUUUUGGAACAAGUUGCUGGUGAAGAAGCACUAUCUGAACUCUAUUCAUCAAAUCUUGACUGUUGGGAGUCGAGGCUUGAGACUGACGAAGGCAGUAAGAUUGUCUAGAGUAGUGCUUCUCUCUGAACUCUCUUCGUUAUGAUCUGUGGGCUAGAUAGAUAGUAACCUAAUCAUUCAAUUAAAGAAACUUCCCUAAAAAAUAUUCGAAUAAAGAAACCACAUACUAAGCUGCUUCCUGCUGACAUGAUCCAGGAGUUCCAAAGAGUGAACCAAACUGACUUGGGACGCAUCGAUACUAUCCAAAAGGCGGCAUCUUGACGCCCCUAGAACUAGAUGAAGCAAGGCGCCCAUCCGUCGACGUCUAGGAACGAACCCGUCGGCUCGUGGCAUUUCCGCGUGCCCUUCGCCUUCUGCCCUCGAGCGAUACUCCCAAAGGCCCAAACAAGAAUGGUAUUGAUGAUUACGAAUAUCUUUUUAAAAAAAUAAAACUUAGUACAACAUGUAGACAUAUACAUAUACUUACUCAUACAACUCCUAAUAAAAGUUAAAAAUACAAGAUUGAAUAUUAAUAAAGUCACUCCACACGUUUGGCUAUUAAUGAAAACAUCGGUUGCCACUAAAAUAAAAUUACAUCUUAUAUAUCCUAAAAUUUAAUCUAUAAUUAAUAAAGAUACAACUAUCUCCACUCACCACCCAUUCUCGAUGACCACGAGAAUCUGGAGCCCCCGCGCCGGCAGAUCGCGCUCGCCGACGACACAAACAACAAGGAAGCUCCUCCCCAAGAACCAAGAGCAGUAGUAUAUCUACACGAUCACGCUGCAUCGAGACACCUCUCCACGCACUUGCAGCUAGUCAGUCUACUAGCUAGUACUUCGUUGUUGCCAAGAUAUUUACCGUCGCAGCCUCGUGCCUCGCUUGAUUUCUAGCAAGCUAGUGCCAUGUCGCAUGGCGGCCAGCCGUCUUGCACCACGCUGUCGCUCGGCAAGUACGUCCGCCGCGCGCGCGGCAAGAAGCGCAUCAAGGACAAGCCGGAGAAGAAGAAGAAGCCCGAGGACCCGGCCUCGGCGAGCAGCGGAGGCGUGUCGAUGGAGCUGACCAGCGCCUUCUCGGCGGAGGCGGGGGCGGCGUGGAGGGACUCGGUGGUGCGGGUGGUGCUGAAGAGCGGGGUGGUGGAGGUGUACCCGGGGGUGGUCCAGGCGUGCACGGUCAUCCGGAAGCACCCGCCGGGGUUAUGCCUGGCCCACCCGGACGUGUUCCGAAACCCGCACGGCGCGGUGGUCCGGCCGCUAGAACCGCUCUUCCCCGGCCAGAAGUUCCUGCUCCUCCCCGUGACCACCGUCGACAAGCUCAAGCAGAAGAUCCCGGAGAGCUCCAUCGGCGCCUUCGCAGACGAAGAAUCUGACCUGGAGGAGGAAGAAGAGGAUGAGGGGAGCGAGGAGGUGACGUCGGAGGGGGACCAGGAUUACAGCAGCGGCGCCGCAGCUUCGUCGGAGGACGACCAGGAGACGGCGGCUGGUGACGGUAGCUUCAUGCCGGCGUGCAGCGCGAGGGAGUACUACGUGGCAAAUGAGCGGUGGUCGGAGUGCCACUUCAAGAAGCUUGUGGCGCGCGGUCUCGCCGUGGAGCAGAGCAAAGAACCGGAGAGAAAGGAGAGGACCAAGAAGAAGGGGACGAAAAAGAGAAAGGGAAAGAAGCGGAAAGACCGGCGUGUCGCCGUGCCCGCGGGGUUGAGGAUGUUCGCGACGCCGAGGAGGACAUGGGAGCCCAGCCUGCCGUCCGUGGAUGAGGAGAUCAUCUCUCCUCUCCACCCUCCAUCGGAGGCUACAACCGACGAUCAUGAGCAGUAAGUUAAUUAUUGCUGUUGCACAUAGUCCUAGUCCUGUUAUUGUUUCCUCUCGCUCGGAGGUGCAGUUCAAGCGUCCAAUCAGAAAAGUAUGGCGUUUGCUUUCUGAUCGGACAUUUCAGAUUCUUUUUCGGUAGCAGCAGCAGCUUGAACUGCAUGCAUAGUGCUCUGCUCCGUACGUACAUUCCUUGGUAAAAAUCGGCGUUUGUAACUUUGUAUCCGCGUGCAA